GUUCAAUAAUGAAAUAAGAAUGUAUUAGAGGUUAUGUAGAUUUUUUAUUUAUGUCACAGACAUCAAAAUUUUUCGUGAAAUGACUUCAAUUUUUGGACAAAUAUGUUUUAAACUUCUCAGUAAAUCAAAACCUAAUAAUGCAUGCAAUUUUUCGAUUUUAAGAAGCAAAAAAAACCGAUAUAAAUUUUCACAGUACAUAAUAUUAAAAGCGAAUAAAGAUGAUUAUCGUCCAAUAUUAAAAAUUAUGCAUGAACAUUUUUAUAAGAAUGAACCCACGUGUGUCACAUUAGGAAUUAGACCUAACGCUAUCAUAGAUGAAACUGCAUUGAAAAAUAUGGCCGAAGGAAUAACGUUAGUUGCAAGAUGCAAACAUGAUGGAUCUAUAGUUGGUGCAGCUAUUAAUGAAACUUCCAAUCCGUGGGAUCCGGAUUUAAAAGAAAAAUUGGCUUCUAACAUUGAGUGUCAAAAGAUGAAACAUUGGUUAUUUUUUCAAGCUCACGUUCAAAGAUUUCCAAAAUUAUGGUGUCGCUAUGACGUUCAAAAAGUAUUUGAAUUGGCGAAUAUGUUCGUAAAACGGGGAUUAAAAGAUAAUGAAAUCAUGUUAAGGUUAAUAAAUGAAUCUAGGAAUUUAGCACGUGACUAUGGUUAUAAAGUUUUUAGAAUAAAUGCAACGAAAAAUAUAAUUUGUAAGAUGUGUGAAAUGGCAAAAAUGCAAUUAACGGCUGAAAUUCCUUAUUGCUCUUACGUGGGGAAAAACCUAGCACCAAUUUUUAAUCUGUCUCAUCGUAAUAAGUCAUUAAAAAUAUACAUCGAUGUCAAUAAAAAGAGAUGCCGAAAAUUUUAAGUAACCCUGAAAAUAUUCGAUAAAAUAUUUGUCUAAGCUCUAUUUAAAAUAAAAUGUUUUUGUCAAGUCUUUUAUUAAAG